AACUCAGGCACAGAACUCCGAUGAUGAUCGACUUCAAAGUUCAAACACAACAAUUCGGUGAAUUCCGUCGCACUUUCACCCAAACACAGUGGUACUACGUAGACCAGGAAGAUUGCAACACCCUUUCGUGUAUCAUUCUCUCAGGAUAGAAGAUACAUCACAGAAGAUUUAAGGGGGGAGAAGAUCCAUACAGCGACUUUUUCAGCCUUAUCAUGCUUCGGCACUGUCUGGUCCCUCUCCUCGUGCCCAGUGUCCUCAGGCUUCCUCCGCUCGCCGCCUUUGGAACUUCUUCAUCCCCUCUCGAUAUCGCCCUGCAGCAAGGGGGUCCAUUGCGAUGCAACAACACCCCAAACACCGUCUCUUCCGGAAAAAAGAGAAUCUACAUAGCGCCUCCCCCUGUGAAGGCCAACUCGAAAGCUCAGACUGGUCAGUCACCCUCAGCAGUAGCUCAGCCUGCAUCGCAGCCACAUUCGACCCCUCAGCAUCAGCCUGAGGCACAGACGGCGACACAACAACCUCCUCAAGAAGAAGACUAUGGUUGUUGAGGCAAUUUUUUGCCUCGCACUUUGGUGUAUCCCGCGUUGAACUCGUCCCGCUGUCUUUGCUUCUCAGCCUGCUGCCCCGUGAUGUAAUUCUUCCUGUUCCGUAUCUCCAUCUAUGUGCAAUAUCUUUCCUUUGCUAGUGAGUGAUCUUUGGAUAUGCGAUUUACGCUUACUCUCUUGCUUGGUUGGGCUACACGUGUUGUUUUUGUCGGCAUCUCCAUUUUAACUGUUGGUAAGCAAGUCUUAGAAAGGUGUUUGACAUUCGAAUUCCGAAGGUACCAGCACUUUGUCUGUGUCCUCCAAGAAUUUCUGUCUCCAGCAGUCGAGGACUCGUG